AUGUCCAAACAACCCACCAAAGUCCUCUUCCUGGCCAACAGUGAACAUGGUCAAACGAACAUCAUCCUGGCAAUCACGCACGAGCUCCUCGUCCAAGGAGACGUUGAGGUCCAUAUUGGCUCAUUCCCGGUCCUUGAGCGCCGGGUGGAGAAACUUCUGGCAGACAACGCACCUGCUUAUGACGAGUCCUUCCGGUCGCGUAUUCACUUCCACCCUGUAAGGGGUCCCUCCAACACCGAUGUCUUCAUCCGCACGGGCAAGCGUGGUGCCUUUCAUCCCCCGGGAUAUCAUGGUGCCGUGCUGGGCUUCCAGUCUCUGUGUGAAGACAUCUGGGGCUGGACAGAGGAGGAGUAUGUCGACAUCUACGAGAGCUGUGUCGAGAUAAUCCAGGAUGUCAAGCCAUCGACAAUUGCAAUUGACUUCUUCUUCCUCCAAGGCAGAGAUGCUGCUUACAACACAGGCCAUACGGCCAUUCUGAUCAAUACAACCUCCCUGAGUCACAUCGUACUCGGGAUGCAACCCAACUCAGCUGCUCUAUGGAAAUACCCCCUACCUGGAACUGGCUUCCCCUACCCCAUUCCCUGGCAUCUCAUCCCCCUCAACAUCAUGGCUGUCCUCAAGACGGCCAAGAUGUACCACGGCAGUGGACGACGUCGGGAGAUCCGUGAAUGGCGCAUCAAGCACAAGAUCCACGGCCGCUUUCCGUUUGCCGAUGCUUGGCGUCCGGAUAGAUACCAUAUCUCUCCAGGAUUGAAGGAGCUGGACUGGCCAUUCAGCAAGAUGCCAGAAAACAUCCUCCCUGCCGGUCCGAUCCUGCUCCCCACCGCUUCCGUCGAGAAGCAGGACCCUCAAAUGCACAAGUGGCUGAAGCAGGCCCCAACUAUUCUCGUUAAUCUCGGAACCUUGUAUGCACCUGAUCCCAAGGUCGCUGAGGAGAUUGCAACUGGCCUGAAGGGGUUCCUCAAUGCCUGGAAAGGCGAGAAGGUGCAGAUCCUAUGGAAGCUGCCCAAACACCCACACGACGAAGACGAUAUCUACAGCCGUUCUAUCGAGCCGCUCAAGAAAGAGACUGAUGAGGGAAGCGUGCUAAUCCGCCCAUGGUUCGAGGUUGAGCCCAUGGCCAUGUUGCAGACGGGCCAGAUUGUCUGUUCUGUCCACCACGGCGGUGCCAACUCGUGGUACGAAGCUAUUCAAAAUGGUGUCCCCCACAUCGUCCUUCCAGCUUGGCAAGACUGCUACGAGAACGCUGCUCGAGCCGAAUGGCUAGGCAUUGGAGUGUAUGGCAACAAGAGCCGGGCUCCCAACAUCAGUGCCAAAGAGCUGAGCAAGGCUCUGCUGAAGGUGAUGAGCAACCGCUCCUACAAGGAAAAGGCAACAGAAAUUGCCAAACUCUGCAAGAAAGAGGGUCGCGUUGCCGCAGCAGAAAAGAUUGCAGAGUUAGCACGUAACCCGGAGAAGGCGACAGCGAUCCACAUCCCCGAAGCCGACCCAGAAAACCAGCCACCACUGUACGAGAUCAAGAAUCGUGCAGGCAUGACACUCCAAACUGCGCAGAUGCCCAAAACCGAAGGCAAAGGCGCAUCGAAGUAA